UUGAAAAUGUAUAAAAUCCAACGGUCCUGAUUAAAGGCGAAAUCCAUGGGAUUCAUGGGCCGCUCCCUUUUUUGACUCCUCUGGCUUUCGCAGAGAGAGAGAGAGAGAGAGAGAGUUCCAAACGCUCCUACCAUGUGUGGAAUUCUCGCUGUUCUCGGCUGCAGAGAAAACUCGCAUUCCAAACGCUCCCGAAUCAUCGAACUCUCCCGAAGGUUGCGCCACAGGGGUCCUGAUUGGAGUGGCUUACAUUGUUAUCAGGAUUGUUACCUAGCUCAUCAGCGAUUAGCAAUUGUCGAUCCUACUUCUGGAGAUCAGCCACUUUACAAUGAAGACAAGACAAUUGCUGUUACGGUUAACGGGGAGAUCUACAACCACGAGGAGUUGCGAGGAAAGCUGAAGUCCCAUCAGUUCCGAACUGGCAGUGACUGCGAAGUGAUUGCUCAUCUUUAUGAAGAAUAUGGAGAGGAAUUUGUGGACAUGUUGGAUGGCAUGUUCUCCUUCGUUCUUCUUGACACCCGUGACAAAAGUUUCAUUGCUGCACGGGACGCUAUUGGUAUUACUCCACUCUACAUGGGCUGGGGCCUUGAUGGAUCAAUUUGGUUUGCAUCAGAAAUGAAAGCUUUGAGCGAUGAUUGCGAGCGUUUCACAACCUUCCUUCCUGGGCAUAUAUACUCCAGCAAACAUGGAGAGCUCAGAAGGUGGUACAACCCGCCAUGGUAUUCAGAGCACAUACCAUCAACUCCUUACAAUCCUUUAAUCUUACGUGAAGCAUUUGAAAAGGCUGUGGUUAAGAGACUUAUGACGGAUGUUCCCUUUGGUGUACUGUUAUCCGGAGGGCUUGAUUCAUCACUCGUUGCUGCAGUUGCUUCACGCCACCUGGCAGAAACAAAAGUUGGCAGACAGUGGGGAUCUCAGUUGCAUACAUUUUGCGUUGGUUUGGAGGGCUCUCCUGAUCUAAAAGCUGCCAGAGAGGUUGCAGAUUAUCUUGGCACUUUUCACCAUGAGUUUCACUUCACAGUGCAGGAGGGCAUAGAUGCUAUUGAGGAAGUCAUUUACCAUAUCGAAACAUACGAUGUGACAACUGUUAGAGCCAGCACGCCAAUGUUUCUUAUGUCUCGAAAAAUUAAAUCAUUGGGAGUAAAAAUGGUCCUUUCUGGAGAAGGCUCAGAUGAAAUAUUUGGAGGUUACUUGUAUUUUCACAAGGCACCCAACAAGGAGGAGUUACAUUUGGAAACGUGUCGAAAGAUUAAGGCUCUUCAUUUAUAUGAUUGCCUGAGGGCAAACAAAUCAACUUCAGCAUGGGGUUUGGAGGCCCGCGUACCUUUUCUGGAUAAAAAUUUCCUCAACAUUGCGAUGGACAUGGAUCCGGAAUGGAAAAUGGUAAAACGAGAUCUUGGUCGGAUAGAAAAAUGGGUCCUGCGGAAUGCAUUUGAUGAUGAUCAGAAUCCUUAUCUGCCGAAGCACAUCCUGUAUAGGCAGAAGGAACAGUUCAGUGAUGGAGUUGGGUACAGUUGGAUUGACGGCUUGAAAGAUCAUGCAAAUCAGCAGGUUUCAGAUUCAAUGUUGAUGAAUGCAAGCUUCAUCUAUCCCGAGAAUACCCCUAUGACGAAAGAGGCAUACUAUUACAGAACGAUCUUUGAGAGGUUCUUCCCCAAGAAUGCGGCAAGGUCCACAGUACCAGGAGGCCCAAGUGUAGCAUGCAGUACUGCCAAAGCACUUGAAUGGGAUGCGGCAUGGUUGAAAAACCCCGACCCAUCUGGCCGGGCUGCACUUGGCGUUCAUGAUGCUGCUUACAAGGAAUCCGCAGUGGAGCACCCACAGGCUGACAGUGCCACUUCAACCAUUGGAUUACCUCAGAAACUUCAAGUUGUCACGGAGGCAACCGCAACUGCUGUUUGACUGAGUAUUCCAUGCCGUCUCAUUUGUUGCAUGAAUCUAAAAAAAGGCAAGUCUCCAGGUAGGCAAAGGUAUUUAACUAGGGUGGGAUCAUUUCCUUGAUAAAGUUUAUUUUUGUAUUGGCUUUGCAAGCUCUAGGGAUUGUGAUCUGUGUACAUUUACAGGGAUGAUUGAAAUGAACAUUUCCUCCA